AGUCACACACGUUCAUAGAAGGGAUCAAGGGUGCUGUCUCGUCUAGAAAGCCGAUAUUCCAUUUCUUCUGUUAACCACGUUACGCACCUACUGUUACCCCCAACUAUUAUGGAGCGACGAGAAGCCAAAGUUUGUCGCAGGGCUCUGCUUGCGCGAGCGCGCAGAAGGCGCCAGACACUAUUCAAGAAAGCAGACGAAUUGCGUUCAGAAUGCGAUGCAGAAGUUUAUAUUGUGAUUCAUAAGCACGGACGCUUCUUCACUUACACAUCAACCGAUAACCCUGCGUGGCCACCUUCAAAGGAGCAUAUUGAGAUGAGUUAUCCUCUACCAAUUGCUAUUGGCCCAUCGUCACAAGAAGUGGCUGUGCUAAGGACUCGUCGCCCGGGGAUUGAUGAGGAAUGAAAGGAGAGACAUGAUUGGUUAUUUCAAACCUAGUAAUAUAAACAACUAUUGUUUGCCACGUUCUAUUUGCUCCACUAUUGGGUUACACAACUGUCCUUGUUUGUAACCUGCGAUCCAGACAUUGAAU